ACAAUAAUGACUUGUCAUGUAAAGCAGUAACCAUUCAUCGCUGAACAUUUUACAAAAAUCUCUAAAAAAAACGAUGAAAAACUCACGCAAACUAACUGGGAUUAAUUCUAGUUAUACUUUAAUUCUAACCGAAGACGAUUAGCCUAAGAUCUGUGGCGAAAAAUGAGCCAAACGCCACAAGAUUAUACUAAGAAGACCGUGGUCAGCAUUGAUGUCAAAGGUUUAAAAAAAAACAAAUUCUCUUCGGAUAUCAAUCAGGUUUAUUGGUCAAAAAGACAGCGAAAGAUAUGGGUUGCCUCGUUGUUUCUUGGUUCUGUUAUGCUGUAUGUUACUCGGGUCGCAGGGCCGGUUACCAUUGUUGCGAUGGGGCAAGAUUUAGGUUGGGAUAAAACGGUUGCCGUGAGUAUUGAAUUAUGAAUGUUUGUGUUUUUUAAUAUAAUUAUGUUUCAUCGCUUGUAUAUUUUGAUCACGUACAAAGUACUAAAGUACUAUGUGCAAAAAUAAGCAAAUAUUAAGUUAAUGUCUUUGUGUGUGUUUUGUAAAUGCAUGAACAAAGAUAGUGAUGAAAUUGUAUAAUGUUGAAAGAUAUAUUUGCACCAGAAUUAUAUAGUAUCACAGAGCCUAUUUUGUAAUAGUUUUACUUUUGCGUGGGAGAUAUUUCGCUGAUGGCUAAUGGGCUUGGCAGCUGCUUGAAAAUAAAGCCAAAACACUUGAACAAAAUAUAUGGGGGUUUUAUGUGCCGAAGUUACUACAUGACCGGCAGCUGGCUAUCUAGUAAACUGCCGGCUAUGUAGUGACUAUAGUUAAAGUUGAAUUUUUAUAAGAUAAACCGAUCCCCAAACCCUUCUCUAGCCCUAACCGCUAACCUUUUGACAGUUUGGAAAGCUGGAAAAAAAAGUUUAAAACAUUUUAAGAAAAAACAAUGCUACAGUAAGUCAGACAAAACACAUCCCGACCCCAACUGCAUUUCACUUUCCGCACGCAGUGCAUGCUUUUGCCGAAUACGCCAACAGCAACCUCGGUAAAAGCUAAUGCAAACAAAAGUUUUUAUGUUUAACUAUAGUCACUAUACUGCCGGGCAUAUAAACCGUGACUGGCUGCCGUAGUCACUUUGUUUAUAUGCAGAAUGGAACAAAAAGAUAUGGGGGUUUUAUGUGCAGACAGAACUUCAGAUUGGAAAUUCUGCACAGGGGAAUGCUUCCCCCAUGCCAGAUUGUAAAGCUCCGUACCGGCUAGCAAGUUUUCCUUGACAAGUUUACCUUCUCGUCUGUACGGUCAACAAGUUUUCCUUGACAAGUUUACCUUCUCGUGUGUAUACGGUCAACAAGUUUUCCUUGACAAGUUUACCUUCUCAUGUGUACGGUCAACAAGUUUUUCUUGACAAGUUUACCCUCUCGUGUGUAUGGUAAACAAGUUUUCCUUGACAAAGUUUAACUUCUCAUGUGUAUACGGUCAACAAGUUUUUCUUGACAAGUUUACCUUCUCGUGUAUAUGGUCAACAAGUUUUCCUUGACAAGUUUACCUUCUUGUGUGUAUACGGUCAACAAGUUUUCCUUGACAAGUUUACCUUCUCAUGUGUACGGUCGACAAGUUUUUCUUGACAAGUUUACCUUCUCGAUCGUGUGUACGGUCAACAAGUUUUCCUUGACAAGUUUACCUUCUCGUGUGUAUGGUCAACAAUUAAGUUUUCCUUGACAAGUUUAUACCUUCUCAUGUGUAUGGCCAACAAGUUUUUCUUGACAAGUUUACCUUCUAAUGUGUACGGUCAACAAGUUUUCCUUGACAAGUUUACCUUCUCGUGUGUAUGGUCAACAAGUUUUCCUUGACAAGUUUACCUGCUCAUGUGUAUGGCCAACAAGUUUUUCUUGACAAGUUUACCUUCUCGUGUGUACGGUCAACAAGUUUUCCUUGACAAGUUUACCUUCUCAUGUGUAUGGUCAACAAUUUUUCUUGACAAGUUUUCCCUUGGCACAUUUUGUUCCUUGUGUGCACCCAUUGAGCCGUAAUGUGCCUCAGUGCGCUCUACUUAUUUUUUUUACUUGUCUAACGCCAGACGAUUUUACCCGUUGAUGGGGAAACUCUGUGGCUUAAUGGGUUAAUUAACCAAAAAAUCUGACAAUGUCUCUAGUUAACCCAAUGAGCAGCAGUGUACCCCAGUGCGGCCUACUUGUUUUUACUUGUCUAACGCCGGGCAAUUUUCUCAUCAAUAGGGAAGCUUUGCAGCUUAAUGGUUAAACAUUUAUUUCAUGUCAAGAGGGCGUCUUUUGUUUGCCAAAACCAUAGAGGUAUUUCUUGUACACUUGUCAGGUUUUCCUUGGCGGCCGUAUACACACAAACAAAUUUUCCUUGUCCGAAAGCUGGCAUGCUAUAGCUUUGGAACAAGGCUCCUUGGCUAGGAAAAAUUGUCAAUUUUUUGACAUACUCACGAGCAAAUAACACUUGUCAAGGAAAAUUUGUCAGGGAAAAAUUGCCAUCCUUAUGAGACUUAAAAUUUAAUUUAUUUUUGCGUUGGGAAUUGGGCCUCGGUGGUGCAGUCGUCAGAGCAAGAGCCUUUCACCACUGAGUUUGUGGGUUCGAUUCUUGCUAUGGACUUAAUACCGUAUGUGAAAAGAGUCCGUCAAUACUCUGCCGAAAGUCGUGGGUUUUCUCUGGGGGGGGGCUUUGGUUUCCUCUCACAGGGAAAGUUGACGGGGUGGCCGGGUUAGGAUAAGCACAGUUAAGAAAGUAAUAUCACAAUUGUUGUAAAGAUAAAAUAAUCUAGGUUAAGUUUGUUAUUAGGUAAUUAAGCUUAUAAUUAAGCGUUUAUUGAUGUAAAGUGCAUUUGAUGCAAAGAUCAAAUCCAAAAGGAAAAAUGCACUAUAGUAAACGCAAUCUUUUGUGCAAAACGGGCCCAGCAAAAAUUCUUUGAAAAGCACCCUCUGUUAAUUAGAGUUUUAUAAUAUUAACAUUCUCAUGUAGGGUUCAGUUCUGUCAAUCUUCUUCUGGGGUUAUUCCUUCACUCAAGUUCUUGGUGGUUGGCUCAGCGACACAUACAGCAGUCAAAGUGUUCUCGUAUAUUCAUGUUUUGUCUGGAUAAUAUUGACGUUUAUUACCCCUAUCGUUGUAAACCCAGAGUAUGCCAUCUUUAUGUCGCCCACAUCAGCUUUGCUUGUACUACGGUUUUUGUUUGGCGCCUUACAAGGUAAGCAUAUGUUUGUAUUUAUGUGCCAAGGGGGGAUAUAGAAUGACAAAUGGGAUUUAAUUACUCUGAUAUUUUGCUCUGUUUAUAACCAGGCCAUUGAGCAUCGUUCAGCACUCUCCCAUUGAUUCACAUUUGACAAGUAAAAUUGUCUGGCAUUAGACAGAGUAAAAUAGUUGCACCUCCCCUGAAUCAAAGAUUAGAUACUAUAAAGAUGUGCCACUCGACGUAUUUCCCUAUUAUGUUUGCGUGUCCGUAAUUUUCACUUACUGCCAAAAUGGCGGCGAGACUGAUGCCGUUGGAUUUUACUAUUUAGAGACUGAUGGCGUUGAAUUUGACACUUACUGGCAAAAUGGCAGCUAUAAAAAAAUCUCGGACAUAAUUUUUGCAGAGUGGCACAUCUUUACAGUAUAGUAUCUAAUCUUUGCCUGAACAGUCAUGCACCUCCCCUUGGGAAAGUUUCAAUGAUAGAUCAGAGUGAAAAUUUGACAUUUGAAUUUCUGUAAAAUUGAAACAGUGAUAGCCAUUCAUUUCUGUGUCAAUUAGUACCCUUUUAAUGCAAUGUUUUGAAAGAAACUUUGCAGUAAUUGUAAUGAAAGGCAAAAUGGGAUGAGUUGUGUCAGUCAUAAUUCAUUAAUACACUACAUGCAUACAGUACGUCAUGUUGACUUUGGCCCGUUCUAAGCCCUAACUUUCCAUGGCUUUCCACCUCCCCUACUAUUUCCACCAAAAUCCGGCCUUGUCACAUGGUACUGUACGUGGCUGAAAGCAAAGAUUGGCAUACCUACGGUACAUCAGUAUGCAAAAUAUUUACACUAGUAAUCUACAGUACAGUAGUAUUUUUAUAUUUCUUAGAGUCGUAGUGUUUUUUUUUUCUCCAGGUGUUUAUUUUCCAGCCUGUUACAGUUUAAUAGGAAAAAGAAUUGCUCCAAAAGAUAAGUCACUAUGUACCAGUAUUGUUGCAUCUGGUAUAUCUGUUGGGUAUGUUUUAAAUGUUAAUCACGUGUGUUCAUUAUCCAAAUGUUAGCGCUUCAUAAUUACAGGACUUAUUAUUAGCAUGACAAAAUUACUGGAUGCUGAUUGGUUGAGAGGAGUACAAUUAUUUCAUUAAUUGUACUACAGUACAAUUAAUAAUUUUCCCAGAACAAACAAAAUUCAUGGCGGAAAGGUAUUUGAAACAAAUGAAAUUGCCCUAGAGCAACUUAAAGCAAAAGAACUAAAUGAAAAUACGAACAAAAGCACCAAAUUUUGGUUGAAAGUCUGCCGGCAGAACCGGGCUUUGGCGUUCGAGGGAAUAAUAUGAUGUUGCUCGUCCAAUUUUGGCAAAAUUUCCAAACACCACUCGUACUAUUAUUCCCUAUGAUUCCCAAUACUUACACAGGGGAAAAUAAAGAUUUACCAUGUAUACUAUCAAUGUAAAAACUGAACACUUACCAUUAUUGGUUAUAUUAUAUGAUGUUUAAUAUUUACCAUUAUCGGCAAUCACGACUUUUUUCCGAUCAAAUAAAAAUUUGGCCAAUCAGGAGCAUAUAUUUAUGUAAGACUAAGUUUCCUUGAAAACGAUUUUAAAUAUGAUAGUAAUUAACUUUAUUUCAAAUUCAAGUUUAAGUCUACGACAUUUUUGUAUAUAUAUAUAUAUAUAUAUAUAUAUAUAUAUAUAUAUAUAUAUAUAUAUAUAUAUAUAUAUAUAUAUAUAUAUAUAUAUAUAUAUAUAUAUAUAUAUAUAUAUAGCUUAACAUUUUUUUAAUCUUUUAUUAAAGCAUUUUUCAAGUUUUAAUUAUGGUUAUUGCAUUUUUUCACACAAAAGCAUUAAGGAACACAGCAUCAUUAUCAAUUAAGAACUAAAAGUUAUUACUUAAUAUUAUUAAUUUUACUAAAAAGAAAAAAUCCUACUCAAAAAAUCCUAUCAAAUUGAAAUUAUAACAAAAACGUUCGUCGUCAGCGGUCCGGAUUGCAGACUGUUGAACAGACGACAGUAUUUCAUGCAAAUCUGUUUUAUAGUAAAUUACUUUAGAGCGAGAAUAUUCUUGCGGCCUUUCCUGUCGUAUGACUCGUAUAUCAACUAAACAAGAGUUUUCGCGUGUUUUGGCCUUAAAAUAUCUUUUACAGGGCCGUCUGACAAAAUGUCCGGUGACGUUGAGUUUGGGUCGGACAUAUGUCCGAUGACCUUCAGUUCCGUUUUGACUCGGAAAUAAGUCUGAAUGACACAAAUGAAUAAACGGUAAAUGUUGUAAAAAUAUUAAAUAGUUUGUUUCUUUCAUACUUAUUUCCAAGCCAAAAUUAACUUGCUUGCCAGAACAGCAGUGUUAAAAAAGACUUCGACAACUUAAGCCCGUUUUCCACUUCACCAUUUCGCUCGCCGCCCCGCGUUCGACUACGUUAAAACAACAUUUCCAGUUCACCUUUUAUACAAUAGUACUCUGAUUUUCCAUUUAACAUACAAGCCUCUAGUCCUGGGCUAGGGUACAUUUUAAUUUACGUCGGACAAAGCUACAGUUCGGUCGGACACCAAUUCACUUGGGUCGGACAAACAAUAAACCUCAGUUUCACUUUGGUCGGACAGAAUGUCCGGUGGUUUCCUCUCUACGUCGGACAAUUUCACGAAUGGGUCGGACAAUGUCCGUGACCGACCGAUAUUUUAAGGCCUGAAUUUAUGUUACUUUUAUUUGUCUUUUACCGCGUACAAGUAACCAUGUCUUUCAGACAAUGGUCAAAUCUAUUUCUGCCGAUCAAGAUGAACGGCAACCUUGCUUCUUCGCCGAUCAAAAACAAUUUCCUGCCGAUCAUUGAUCGUUGAUCGGCCGUUAUUUCGAGCCCUGUGCGCACAGGAAAAAAUAAAGUAGCAUUAAUGGUAAUUGUUAUAUAGCUAGUGUGAACACCAAACGUGAUUGGCUGAUUUGUAGUCACGUGGCUUUAGAUAAAUGCAAUGUAUCCCGCCCGGGCAAUAAGUGAAAAAUUGUUGCCCGCCCCGACCGGCUACCUACUGUACAUAAAUAAACAAAAUGGCGGCACAAAUUUAUACUAUUUAAACUACUGUUUUCGUGGCUUUGUGUUAAAAUAAAGAAUGUAAAAGAGAAGAAAAAUACAUAACAGGCAACAGGAUAUGCUGCUGAAACCAUUUAAGUAGGGUUUUUAAAUUUUAAACUCGUUUACGCUAUAGAGUUUUUGUGAUGAAAUACAAAUAUUGUUCCCUCGAAUCUCAAUGUUUCCUUCGACUUCGUCUCGGAAAACAUUGAGAUUCUCGGGAAAACAAAACUAACUAUUUCCCUCGGGUGCAGACAUUAAGUGUAUAAUAUUAAACAUCAUGUUUUUUUUUACCUAUUUAUCAUAUGUGGAAUCUAUGAUAACCAAUAACGUACGGUAAGAGUUCUAAUCAGUUUUACAUUCAAAAAACCAUUAAUGGACCAUUCCCCAAUUAACCAAGACUUUGAACUCAACAAGUCUGGUCGAAAAUCUCAGCACAGCUUGAAAGAGCAUCACAAAAUUAGUAAUAUUCCAAAGUUUCGUUGCAAAAUGUUGUAAAAUGCAAAUAAUAUAGCCUUGCGAAAUUUUCAAUUUUCAGUCAUUUUAGAUUACAAACGGGAAAUGGUUACCACUUCUGUGCGUAAUACAAAAUGACUGAAAAUUACAAACUUCGCAAGGCUAUAUUAUCCCCAUUUUACACCAUUUUGCAACGAAACUUUGGAAUAUUACUAAUUUUGUGAUGCUCUUUCAAGCUGUGAUGAAAUUUUUGUUCAGGCUAGUUAAGAUCAAAAUUUUGGAAAAGUGGUAACCGUUUCCCGUUUGUAAUCUAAAAUGACUGAAAAUUGCAAAUUUCGCAAGGCUAUAUUAUCCGCAUUUUACAACAUUUCGCAACGAAACUCUGGAAUAUUACUAAUUUUGUGAUGCUCUUUCAUGCUAUGAUGGAAUUUUGUCUAGACUUGUUGAGAUCAAAAUUUUGGUUAAUUGGGGAAUGGUCCAUUGAAAGUUCAAUUUUUUCCUUUGCUACUGCACACCAGAAGGGCUGUAUUGACUGGAACCAGCUACUUUUAUAACGGACGUUUUAAUUUCAUUAUUUUUUCUUUAGUUCUGUAUUAUCUGGCAUAUUCGGUUCCCUAGUGAUGUCGUAUAUAAAUUGGCAUAUGGUAUAUUAUAUAUUUGGAGGAGCUGGUUUCCUCUGGUUUCUAUCGUUAAAAUAUUACGCAUUACAUAAUGACAUUCUUGAGUCUAAGGACAGCUCAAAACAAAAAGAAGAAAGGCUGCCUGUACCGUGGAGAACUAUCUUCUCAAAGCCUGCUAUAUGGUAAGCUGCUUUGAAUUUAGUAAUUAAUACAAGGCUUUAAUGGAGGAAGCCUUGACGAAGCUAGCUGGAUAUAGCUCUAUUGUUCUUCCUAGAGAUCCUGUAAGGGUCAUCUCUUAUUGAUCCAGUGUUACCACAGGAGGAAACCUAAACUAAACUAACUUUUAAUUAUUUAUACUGGAUAUAGCUCUAUCAUUUAUAGACUGUUCUCCCUAGAGAUUCAGUAAGGAUCAUCCCUUAUUGCAUGAUUCUGUGUUACCACAGGAGGAAACCUAAACUAAACUAACUUUAUUUAUACUGGAUAUAGCUCUAUCAGUUCUAGACUGUUCUCCCUAGAGGUCCAGUUCAUCUCUUAUUGAUCUGGUGUUACCACAGGAGGAAACCUAAACUAAACUGAGUUCAUUUAUACAGGAUACUGUAGCUCUAUCUGUUCUAGACUAUUCUCCAUAUAGAGAUCCAGUAAUGAUCUUCCCGUAUUAAUCCAGAGUUACCACAGGAGGAAACCUAAACUAAACUAACUUUAUUUAUACUUUAUCUAUCAGUUCUACUGUAAACUGUUCUUCCUAGAGGUCCAGUAAGGAUUAUCGAUCUUAUUGAUCCAGUGUUACUACAGGAGGAAACGUAAACUAAACUUUAUUUGUACUGGAUAGCCCUAACCUUGGGUUUUUUAUCAUGAUUAAAUCCUUUCUCGUUCUUGCAAUCGAACACUAGGGCUAUUGUUGUAGCAGCAUUCUGUCUGGGGACGUGUUUUGACAUGCUGUUUGCGUGGAUGCCGACAUAUUUUCACGAUAAUUAUCCUGACAGUCAGGUAGUGUUUCAAAGUACAAGAUUUAUAAAAUCGUUUUUUUGAAUUUACAAAUUGAAACAACAAAAUAUUGGAUUACCGUAAGAUUUCGUUGCAUAAUUGUUUUAAAAACUGGACUGCAUGCAAGGAGGUGUUUAUAUGGAGGCAAGCCAGGUACCUGAGCUAGCUCGCUUUGCUGAGCUGAUAUCAUCCCGUGUUUCCAUGAGACUUUUGAGGCAGGCUAGCUCGCCAAAACAAACCAUUGGUCUCACCUCUGCAAAUAGUAUAAUAUAGCAAUAUUUUCUCACGAUCCUGAAAUUCGCACUUUCACGGUUAUAACCCACAGAAUCGUUCACAGAGGCCUUUUAAGAUCGAAUUCUGUCGAAAAAAUCUUAUUUUGUACAACAAUAUAUUGCCUUGAACAGAGCAGUAACACUCAGUCCGCUCAUGCGAGCCAGCCAGGACAUUGCAUUUAUAUUGGAUAUUCCCAGUCCUGUCAUCCGAGAUCUCGGGUCAGUCGAGGCGGGAUCUCGCUUAGGCGGGCCACAGGCCUCGAAUUUGGGAAAAAUAAAGGCAAGGCCAGUUUGACCUUGAAUGUUAGUAAGUGUUUCAAAGCAUCAAGGCCAGUAUACAGGGCAUCAAGGCCAGUUUGAAAAUUUUAUUCAGUUGCUAUUUUGAAGUUUCAAAUUUCGUUUGUUUCCAUGAGACAAGAAAAAUAUACAGAUUAAUAAUUAAAAAUAAACAAUUAAAAAAAAGGCCAAAUGAAACUAUUCAUUUCAUAUUUACAUGUUCGUAACUACCUAUUAAACUAUAACUAAUAAGAUUGUACAGUACAUAAGUUGAUUAUUGCCAAUUUUACAAAUCAUACACUUGGUAUUCUAAAGCAUAAGUACUGUACUCUGUGGUUGAGGGCAGGCCACUACUGGCCGUGGAUUUCAGUAUAUUUCGAAGGCAUAGCGGUCAACAAGCAGGGCAUCGACGGCCAGUUGCCGCCAUGGCCGCCGCUAAAUUCGAGGCCUGGGGCCAGCUCGGUUCCCAUACAAACAUAAAAUGAAAUUUAGUAGGAAAUGAUAACAAAGAUGGGAUCUUGCCUAAACCGGGCCAGCUGGGGUACCUGGGCUGGCUUGCCCCAUGUGAACAGUCCCGCAUUCCAGGGCUCAAAAUAACGGGAGAUAGGUAUCCGGUCAAAAUGACCGGUCAACUUGAUUUUAGCUCGGUCAAAAUCUGUUUUUGACCGGUCAUUGAUACGUUUACAUUAACAGUGAAACAAACUAUUAGAAACUUGUUUUGAUACAUCAUAGUUUCAUGUUUUAAUUCAAGACGUCGGCAGUCACAUUGGAAGGCAUGAAAAUGUGGCCAGUCAAAAUGACCGGUGAGGUAAAAAAGUGACCGGUCAAGAGGCAUUUUGGUCCGGUCAUUGUCCGUUGACCGGCCGUUAUUUUGAGUCCCGCAGUCAGAAAUAGCCAUCUAUUUUCAAUAAUUUGUCUAUUUUAAAAUCCAUAUACAGGGUGUUAUAUUUAAUGUUGUUCCAUGGUUGGGUCAUCCUUUGAUAGCUGUAAUGUCUGGGCAUUGCGCUGACCAUAUGAUCAGAACAGGUUUAUACAUGCAUUAAUUAUAGUUCAAAACAUCUUUGAUAAACUGAAACUUUUUAAAAUUAUCUCUUUUGUAUUAUCUGUGGAAUCAUCACGAAUUAAUAUACUAAAUCUGGGAAUUUUGUUUAGGUUACACAAACACAUUUGUUAGAAAAUUAUUUCAGGUAAGUACUCCCUGUUUCAUGAUUUUUACAAAUAUAGAGCGUUUGCACAUGACGUCACAGCCGCCAUGUUGGUGUUCCAAUUCAAAAGAAUUUUAAGUAGACUCUUUUGUCUGGAACACCAACGUGACCGCCAUGGCUUUUUUCGAGGUGGUCCCUGGGGAAUGAGUGCAAACGCUUUAUACAGGGUGUACAUGCAUAUAAAAAUCAAGAUUUUGGCCAUCCCACUCGAGAGAACUACCUUACUUGUAUUAAAAUUCGCGUCGUACUCAUUUUCGCCCAAAUGUAAUUUCGCGCACCUUGUCGAGACUUAUUCGCGCAGCUUCAAAUUCGCGCAGUAAUUUUCCGUGUUCGUUCUUUUUGGUUUGUUUAAUAGAACUAUUAACAACUAACACAUUUAUAAUGAGCAUUUUUUAUCAACAAACACUUCAAUAUUUGUCAAAAUUUAAUCGAAAAGCGAUAAUAGGUAGCCUGUAAAAUGGCUUCAAAAUUAUGUUAUGUAAGCAAAAUUCAUGAUAACAAUAAAGCGUGAGUUCAAAAUACCAACAAGAACAUUUUCCUAAUACAAUAACACAAUGCAAGUAGUAAUGCAAAUCAGUUAAUAAAUCAACCGAUUUGCAUUACUAAUAAUCAGUGUCUCAUAUUACACCACAAAGCUUGUCGCGCGGAUUAUAUUUCGCGCAGUACUAAAAUUCGCGCACCCAGCGCUGCGCGAAUUCUAGUACUGCGCGAAUUUUAAUACAAGUAAGGUAUACAGUAAAUCAAAGGGUUUUUAUAGUUGGAAAUUUCGAGUAUAACGUUUAUACAGUUUUAGACCAGGAGCAGUUGCGAAAAAUGCAACUAUAGACUUUCUGCAUGGCAGUAAUCGAACUUGCGUGUAGCGCGUUCGCUUGUGUCAGCCCCCAGGGGCGUUUGCUUGUAUCAAACUGCAAGCUACAAUUGGAAGUGUCGCAGAUGUUUUGUCCAUGAUUGUCUGAAAUGAGUCGAAAUUAUAUCCGUAUAUAUUUCGCUUUCUAUAUACAUGUCUUUGCCAGUUAUUUCGUUUAUGAUGCGCAUUCCUUAUGACCUACUUAUGUUCAUAAUUACAUUCAUUUUUAAUGCGCUAUAUCUUGGUUAUUGAAUUUGAAAGAUACAGACAAUCCUGGACAAAACCCAACACUCUAUUAAAACAGUCCUUGGUGGCAUUUUUUUACUAUUAGACCGGAAUCAUUUACUCGUUUUCACCCCCCAAAACAAUGCUGGACGUUUUCACCGUAUUCUACGAAUGCAAUCAACACUGAAUGGCGGGGGUAGGGGGGGGGGGGCGAUAAUCUUAUGAAGUUUCGUCAAAUAAUUGGAAGUGUCACAGAUGUUUUGUUCAUGCAGGAUUGUAGCUCUCAAAUUCGUUUACCCCCAAAACAUGCUUUAUAUAAUGUUUAAGGUGACUCGAUACAGUUUUCAAAAAUUCAGGUGUUUAACAGUUUGACAUGUUCAAACUACGCAUUUUUAGGAUUUAUUCAAAAGAUAUUGGUGUUUUUUAUAUAUUUUGAUAACUCUACUUUCAAAUUAUAUUAGUUUUAGUAACAGAUAGCUCGUUGCUAUGACGACAUACGUGUACGAAAUUCACUCCAAAAUGGCCUAUCGUUUCGUAUAGUUGGAAAAAAAGCAUGGUGACCCCCAAUUUUUUUUCUUGCAUUGUUUUACUUGGACGAAAAGCUAACAAUUAGCAAAAUAUUAAAAAAUUCUGUAAUGCCAUUUUUUUGGAAAAUGCGAAAAUGUCAUAUUCUUCGUUAAAAUUUUUUUGGCAUUACAGAAUUUUUUUAUUUUUUGUAUAAUGAAAGUUUUUAGCGGUGCAAUACAGCAUGCAAAAUUUGAACAUAGGUCACCAGGCAAAAUAAAGAGAUAUAGCGCAUUGUUUUUCUAAAAUGGAAAAUUCUAAUGACGUCAGCAAUCGACACAAAACGCUAUACAACACGCGCAAUGACGUGAGAUGGCGCGAGCAACUGCUCACGUCAGGUCAUUUUGGAAGUUCUUUCAUUUUGUUAAUCAGUUUCCACGACCUGCGCGUAAAAAUGGUCGCCCAGUUUUGUUCGCGAUUCUUGAGCAGGGUUUUUGUGAUAACUAUAUCGAGCCACCUUAAGUUUGAUUUUCUGAAUUGUAAUUUUAGUCGUUCGCUCUACUGGGACCAGCAAUAGCUUUACUACUGAUGAAUUACCUAAAGACUUUUUGGAAUGCGAUAUUUUUAAUGACAGUAGCUGUGUCGUUCUGUGCAUUCAAUGCCAGUGGUGCGACGGUAAAUGCACAAGAAGUCGCUCCAACUUACGUCGGCUUUGUAUACGGUAAGUUUGGUCGCAGCAGUGAGCUCUCUCUCUCUCUCUAUAUAUAUAUAUAUAUCUGGAGUGAGAAUUCGAGUCCAAAACGUGAAACCAAGGGCGCUUUCCAUUAAUACGGUCAGACCGGUCAGAACGGUCAAAUUGUUGAAUGAAACACAAAACGUUUGGGCUUUGGAUCUAUCUGACCUGAAAAUUUAGAUAAAAUUAGAAUGAGGUCCAUUUUCGCUAGAUAUUUGAGAAACAUCGACCAGAUCUUUCCAUUGAUACAGAGACAAAAAUUCGGGUCUGACCGGUCAGGCCAUUAAAUGGAAAGCGCCCCAAGAUCGAGCUAUUGGACGUCAGUUCCAAUCCCUUUUCUAUUGUUUUUGUCCGCGCGGUUAACACGAAACUUCGUAUUUUCACCACAUUUAAAGAAUAACACUAUGGUUCUAUGAACUGAUAACGUGUUUAGCGAUACGGUCCGUUAGACAAAAAAAGCUGGAAGUAACUGGGAAAAACGGUUUUAAAAUUGUUUAUGACCAUACUGGACGUCAAUUUCCACUAUUUUAUGACUGAAGAUCCGCUCCAUAUAUUACUCAAACUUUGUUCCCCAUGCACUUGAAAUAUUGUCUGGUUAAUCCAUAUUUGUGUAUUAUUUUUUGGCAGGAGUUAUGAAUACUAUGGGAUCUGUACCAGGUAUAGUAAAAUUGUAUUUAUUGUAUUCCCCAGUGUAACUUUACCUGUAGAAUGGUAUCGAUGGGGAGGAGGACAACCGCACCCAAUGCCAAAAGCAGGCCAUACUUUAGAAAUGACAGGGGGAAAUGAUUUUGAACUGUAUCUUCGGGCGAAAUUCUACGGUACAUAUUGCGUCACUUCAUUUUCGUCAAAUUUUCUUCAAAGCGUUGACACCAGAGUUAAAUCCAAAAAGAACAGUUUGAUAGGGCAAAUACAUAAAUGAAUGAACCGGAUCACUUUGACAGUUAAAAAAAAACUGAAAUUGCAUGCAGGCCAUAAUUCAGUUGACUUGCUGGCAAAAAAAAAGUUUCUCAGGCCAUAUUUUUUUCACUAUUUCGAGUCCUGGAUAUAAAUCUGAUCCUACGAUACUGUUUUUUGUUAAAAGGUUUUAUUGGUGUUUACAUCACUGGAUACAUCCUAGAAACUAGAGGAGAUUGGACACUAGUAUUUCAAGUCACAGCAUUGAUCUCAAUCAUUGGCUGGGUCGUCUACAUCUUAUUUGGCUCAUCCAAACGGCAAGUAUAGAGGCAUAAAUACAGAGAGCCUAAUGGUCAGCCAUCGGAAUUACUACAAGUAAGGUCACCAUGAGGCUCUGUUUAGUAGAUUCUUGCUAAACUAUAAACAUAUUCGAGUUAUGACGCAACGAUAUACGCAAUAGGAAAUCAGAUAUGGUGGACAGUCGACAAGAACAUAGAAAUAUCGAGACCUAUACAACUCCCUUAUGACACUAUGUAUAGAAUAUGGUUAUUCAUUGGAAUAAGCGCUAAUAAGAUAGAGCACAAGUCCUCAAGGUCUUGCAAAUAGGUCCUAUUUGGAAUCAAGAUAAACUAUAUGAACCCGAUUAGAUUUAGUCUAAUGUCUUACGUCAUGUGUCUUUUGUCGGAAAGAGGAAAUGACGUCAUAGUGCUACACCAACAAUGCGUCGAUCAAAAUCUGUGGCCAAGGAAUAGUUUCAAGAUUUUCACUAGUAUAUUCUGUCGUGCGUACAACACGGCAUGCAUUGGGCACUUUAUUUUGGCGAAGACUCGACGAAUUUUAGCUCAUUUAAAUUUGAAAGAAAUAAAAUCUCUCAAAUAUUUCGAACAAACAUUAUUUAAUCCACUAUCCAUGCAUGAACAUUAUUCAUUAAAUAUGUUCGAAGUGUCGUCCACGGUUAAAUCAAAUUUGCGACACUUACCGUAUUGACACAGUGCAUAUAUGAAUUUUCUAAAAUGUUUUGCAGAGUGUAUAGGUAGGAUAGGUAUAUAAUACUGUUCCAAUAGUAAUAAAAUAAC